AUGAACCGGGCACCACCGGAAUCUUCAGUUGGUGAAAUUGAUGUUUCAAAAAUGAAGAAAUAUAUUAGCUAUGCUAGGACAAGAUGUGCCCCUCGUAUAUCUCCAGAAGCUUCAGAAAAAUUAAGUAGUCAUUUUGUAAGUAUACGUGCUGAGGCCAGUCGUGCAGACCAAAAUAAACAUGGACAUUCUUCGAUUCCUAUUACAAUCAGACAAUUGGAAGCCAUUAUUCGAAUUUCAGAAUCCAUAGCGAAGGUUACGUUAUCUCCACGCGUAACUGUACAACACGUCGAACAAGCAAUGCGUUUAUUCAAGCACUCUACUAUGAAUGCUUUAUCUUCAUGUGAUAUUCCGGGAAUGCAUCACUCUGAAGCAAGAAGACAAAUAGAGAUAGUCGAAGAGGAAAUUAAGCGUCGCAUCGCUGUAGGUUCAAGGGCUUCUACGCAACGUAUAAUCAAAGAAUUUGAAAGAAAAUCAAAGAAAAGUUGUUAUGAGAAUUAG